AAUAUUAUGUAGUAUUAUAAAUGACAUGAAAUCAAUUGAUCAUAUUAAUGAUUAUAAUAAUAUUAAAAAUAUACCAACAAUACCAAUUAAAUGUCUUGAAAUAAUGUGUACAAUGACACAAGCAAGUACUGUUAAAAAUGUCAAUGAUGUUAUUAAAGAAUUAUUUACAAAUUUAGCAUUACCAUAUUGUUUAAAAAAUACAAAUCAAAAUGUACAAAUACUUGCAUUAAAAGCUGUUGGUAUUUGUUUAUUACUUGAUGGACAACUUGCUAAAAAACACAUGUCAAUGUUUGUCACUGUUUUUCAUACAUAUAAAAAUAAUCGUGUUAUAUGGAAAAUAAUAUUAACUGUUAUAUUUGAUUUAUUUUUGAGUUAUGGAUUAGAACAUUUUGAUUAUAUACAUAAAAAAGGUAUAUUUAAUCAAAAACAUACAACUGGAGUUAAUAUUGUUAAUAUGCUCAUGGAAUCUCUCAAUCAUCCGGAUCAAGAAAUUCGUACAUCAAUUAUUAUUGGUUUUUGUAAACUUCUUCUUCACAACAUCAUAACAAGUAUUCCAUUGGUAUCAAGAUUAGUAAUUCUUCUUCAUGAUCCACUGACCAUUAAAAAUCCUCUUCUUCAUCAAGUACUGACAGUUUUUUUUAAACAAUAUCCCAUUGAAACACCUGGCAGUCAAUUAUUAUUACAAAAUAUAUUUUUUCCAACUUUACGUUUACUUGUUGAUGCACCAACAACUAGUUCAAUCAAAAAAAUUCAACCACAUAUUAUUUCAAAUUUUAUUCUCACAUUAACAAGUGUUGAUUUUUCAAAAAAAGAUACAAAAGACUACACUAUUCAUAAUAAUUUAGCAUGGAGUAUAUUAAAUCAAGCAUUAAAUCCAAAUAGAUGUUAUGAUCGUAAUGAACUUAUUAAAUCACUUGAUAAUGUACAAUUUGGUAAUGUUGACAAAAAAGCACUCAAUGAUAUGUUAGAAAAAAUUGACGAAAUUAUUGAUGACAUGCCAUUGAAUGAUUAUGAUUUUAUUAAAAUACUUGCUAAUUUUAAAAAUAAGCUUUUAGCAGAAAAAUCAACUAAUCAAAAUAAUCAACAAACAAGCUGA